GCAUCGCCCAUCUGUGGUGGGAGUCUCCUCGCGCUCGCUCCCUGAGCGAGGCAGCGCUUCAUGGCCGCGCGCCUGGGCUGAGGGGCCGGGCUUGAAGCGAGAACAUCGAGGGACGGGGCGGAUCUCUCCGCCGCCGGACACAAAGCGUCGCCGACGCCGACGCUGCUUUUCGCAAGCCCUGGAGAAGGAGGAGGAGGCGGCGGCGGAGAGGACGGCGACGGCUGCCCCUGGGGUCUCUCUCCGGCCCUUCCUCUCUCUCUCCCUCCUUGCGUAUGAGUCAGGUAUUUCCCAGCCCGCCGUCGGCAGCCGAGGCCGCCUCCUCGCUCCAUGGAGAAGGCAGCGGCGCAGGGCGGCGGCGACUCCGGAGCAGCCCCGUCCAGCGGCGGCAGUAACAGCAGCAGCCGCAGCAGCAGCCGCCCCACCUCGGCGGGCUCCUCGCCGUCCUCCUCCGCCAGCCGGGGAGGGCUCUCCGGCCGCCAAGGAGCAGCGGCGGCGGCGGCUACACCAGCGGGGAGGCCGGAGGGAGGCGGCGGCGGAGGCAGCAGCAGCAGCCCCAGCUCAGCCGCGGCCAGCCCGGGAGGGAGCGGGGGGCUGGCGGCCGGCAGGACGACGGAGGCGGUGCUCGAGGGCUCUCUCAGCAAGUACACCAACCUCAUCCAGGGCUGGCAAAGCAGGUAUUUCAUGCUGGAUUUUGAGACUGGAAUCCUACAAUAUUUUGUGAACGAACAAAGUAAAAACCAGAAGCCACGAGGGCUGUUAUCCUUAGCUGGAGCAGUAGUUUCCCUCAGCGAUGAAGCCCCUCACAUGUUGGUGGUAUACUCUGCUAAUGGAGAAAUGUAUAAACUCAGAGCCGGGGAUGCAAAGGAGAGGCAGUACUGGGUGACUCAGCUCCGAUCCUGUGCCAAGUAUCACACGGAAAAUAAUUUGAAGAGUACUCCAACCUCACGAAUGAAAAGCUUGUCUUUGUUGCCUCCUGGAACAUCCAACUCCACAUCUUCUUCGAGUUCUCAGAAAAGCCUGAAUCAAGUUGGGCCACCAGUUGUCACCAUCACACAUCACAAAUCACCUGCAGCAGCCCGAAGAGCCAAGAACCAGUGUCCUGGCCAGCUCAAUGAAGUCCGAGAGAUCAUGAGCCAGGUGGAGGGACAGCAGAAAAGCCUUGUGCAAGCCAUUGAAUCCCUCCCAGGUUCUGGUCCUCUUUCUGCCUUGGAUCAAGACCUGCUGCUUUUAAAAGCUACCUCUGCUGCCACCCUCAGCUGCCUUGGAGAAUGCCUGCAUAUGCUACAACACAGCAUACAGCAAGCGAGCCAACACAGUAACAGGACAUUGUCUUCAGAAAGCUUUCUGGGAUGGCAUGGGCCAAAGUCACAUUCCGCAGAGCAGCUGAAAAAUGGUGCCCUUAGUUCUUUGACAGUUGCUAGUGCCAAUCUUACGUGGCCAGGAGUCCCAUCUAAGCCGCAGGAGGCACAAACCAUAUCGUCUUUGUUGGAAGAAGGAACUCCCAGAAAUCGCAGACAGGUUCUCGCUUCCACUGCAGUUUUGUGUUCCACUCGUGACUUGAUCCUAGUUGAAGAUGAGGUGACAGAUACUGAAGAUAAUGAAGAAGAUGAUAUAGGAGUCCUGGAAGAUCAGCGCAGUGUAAUUCUUCACCUCAUCUCGCAACUCAAACUUGGAAUGGACCUAACUAGGGUAGUUCUUCCAACUUUUAUUUUGGAGAAGAGGUCGCUGCUGGAGAUGUACGCAAACUUCCUGGCCCACCCCGACCUGUUUUUGACAGUUUCGUCCGGAAGCACCCCUGAGGAAAGAAUAAUUUACUUUGUGGAGUAUUACUUAACAGCCUUUCAUGAAGGCCGGAAAGGAGCCGUUGCCAAGAAGCCCUACAACCCAAUUAUUGGAGAAACUUUCCAUUGUUCUUGGGAUGUGCCUAAAGACAAAGUGAAGCAGUCGAGAACUAACUCUCCCUCUCCAAGCCCCAAGGGCAAGGCGCCGUCGCCACCACCACCGGAAAACUACAAGCUGCGGUUUGUAGCUGAACAGGUAUCCCAUCACCCACCAGUCUCCUGCUUUUACUGCGAGUGCAAGGAGAAGAAGAUGUGCGCAAAUGUUCAUGUAUGGACCAAAAGCAAGUUCAUGGGGAUGUCUAUAGGUGUUUCUAUGGUAGGUGAAGGUAUUCUUUAUCUGCUGGAACAUGGGGAGGAAUAUGUGUUCACGCUGCCUUGUGCCUAUGCUCGCUCCAUUCUUACCGUUCCUUGGGUGGAGCUGGGAGGUAAAGUGAGCAUUCUCUGUGCCAAGAGUGGCUAUUCGGCUACAGUCACAUUCCACACCAAGCCUUUCUAUGGGGGAAAAGUACACAGGGUUACAGCUGAGGUGAAGCAUAACCCCACCAACACCAUAGUGUGUAAAGCACAAGGGGAGUGGAACGGCACGCUGGAGUUUACGUACAGCAACGGAGAAACCAAAAUAAUCGACACCACCAAGCUACCCAUCAUCCGCAAGAAGAUCAGACCGAUAGCGAAACAAGGUCCAUUUGAAUCAAGGCAUCUUUGGCAACAUGUUACGAACGCCCUGAGAGAAGGCAACAUCAGCGCAGCAACAGACCACAAACAGCUUCUUGAGGAGAGGCAGCGAGUAGAGGAGCGGCAGCGAGCAAUUAGCAAUACGGUCUGGAAACCAAAAUAUUUCAUCAAAGAGGGUGAAGGGUGGAUAUACUUUGAUCCCCUCUGGAAGACUCAUUGAUAAUCAACUCACCUGGACUCGAAAGGAGCCCAUUUUCUAAGGCAUUAAAAGAUGCACUUUUUAAAUUUCAGGUGUGAUCUUAGUCUUGCUAUAAAAGCUGCAUACUGUGAAUUAUGCAGCUCAAAACAGCUAAAAUCUCAAGUUUAUUGAAGAACCAUUUCCUGUUCAUAUUAGAUAUAUGCACUUACAGUGUAUUGAUAUAUAGACGUCUAUUAUAGAAACCCCCCCCCCCAAAUACACGGACGAUGAUUAAAACUCAGUUCUUUUGCACUCAAGUCACAACGUCCAUCACACUGCUUGCAGGAUCAGCCUUCGUAUUGGUAAUUGACACUUUUAGUAUUAUUAUUAGCUGAGAUUUUCAAUUUUUCACAUUGCCAAAAAGAAAAGAAGAAUAAAAAAGGUUUUGCACUUAAGGCCACUUGACACUGACAGCAGUUUCAUGGUCAAGCCUGUGGCUUAAACAACUCACUUUGUCUGACACAAGAAAAUUUCCUUUGUGCAUCCAUACAAUAGAAUGCUUCUGUCUUGGUGAUUCACUCUCAAGCACUCACUUCUCGACAUCUUGUAGGAAGACAGGAAUACCUAAGCAGCCUUGUUCAUCUGUUGCCCUCAUCUUUUCAACUGUAUGCUAUGCGUGCCCAUUGUCAUUCUUUUGAAGACCCAGAUCUCCUUGGUGAGUCCCUUGCCAGCUGAUGCAGCAGAGACUUCUGUUAUACCAUGCUUUAUAGAGCAGGCUUGCUCUACCAAUGCCCUCCACAUGUUUCUGGCCUACAACUCCCAUGAUCCCUAGCUAGCAGGACCAGUGGUCAGGGAUGAUGGGAAUCGUAGUCUCAAAACAUCUGGAGGGCCGAGGUUGAGGAAGCCUGCUUUAGAGACUAUUCAUUGUUCCUUCAAGUUGUAAGCAGAUUCACCUUGUUUCUGUAUACCAUUCUUUUGCGAUACUAAUUGCUUUGAUACUUGUCCAUAUAGGGGGAGCGUAUGUGUAGCCCCUGAAGAAAAUAUCAGCUCUACAAUAGAGAUUUAAUUUAGAUGCUGAGACUAUACUACUUGGCAUAAGUUAAGGGCUUUAGAAAGCGGGGGGGGGGGGGGAGAAUCCCACACCAUAGUUUUUGUAGUGUAAGAGAGAUGCCCUAAAGUGUUAAGUGACGCCAGAGGUUGUCAGAGUACUAUCUUGUCUACUAUUAAGAUUUUUGGCUUUUUUGUAGGAAAUUUAUGGUCCAAACUGGUUGCUCGGAAUACUGUUUAUCAGCUGCUGAGAAGGUAGAAGAGGAGAGUAAAAACCCAGCCCACCCCCCUGCCCCAUAUUUCUCAUUAUUGGUUGAUGGCAUUUGGAAUAAGCCAAGAAGCACUGGGCAGUAGAAUUGUCUGCACAUCAGCCCUUUGGAGACAGGUUACAGAUGCUUGACUAAGCAUAGCCAUGUUGAGGUCAUGGGGGUGCAUAUGUAUCCCUCUGAAUGGUUCAAUAGGUAAUUGCUCUGUUAGAGCCAGCAGCCAUUCUCUCUUUCCCCCUUUUUUGUACAUACAUUUGAACCAUUCAUAGAUGCGAUCGGGAUGCAUGAAGAAAACCUGAUGGGAAGGAAUUGCAAAAUCCAUUUCAGAGUAGGGAAAGGGUCGUGUGAGUUUACCGUGAGAUCGUUAGAGGAAGGAAUUCUAGUUGUGCUUCAGUUGUAGCUGCACAAUUGCUCAUAUAUCCUAAUGGUUAAAUAGGCUUGAUUUAAAAUAAUGGAUCAGUGUAGAAGGUUCUCUGCGUAGCCCAUGAAAUCAUCUUUACAGUCCCCCUAAAUCAUUCUACGUAUUAGUUAGGAAUGCUGAUUUUUUCUUUGUAUUAUUUUUGUGCCUUUUCUGCUCUGAUUCACUACUCACAGAUUGUAUAUUAAAAAAAGGAAAGAUACAUUAGUUAGCUUUUUAAUAACUUUCUCAGCAGAAAUGUAAGGUGGCAGUCCAAACUGUACACAUAUAUCUAUAUAUAAAGGAAUGUAUUACAACUUUGCAUUAUCCUUGCUUUUAGCUCUUGCCUUUGAAGAGCAUCAAACAUUUUACCUGAAUACCUAUGAAUCAAGCUCUACCUUAGUCCCUAUUUGUUGUAUACUUGUAUCAGCAUAUGAAAGCCAUUGUAUUUAUAAAAGCAAAAUUUUCUUAAACGUGUUUAAACCAUAUUUUAAAGGGGGAAAAUGUACAUCCUCAGUGUAAUACAAAUCUUGUUUAAAAGGAAAGUUUUAUAGAUACUGAUUAUUUGUUUUCAAAUUCUAAGUCUGAGUGGUCUCUAGUUACAGCAGAACCUGAUUUGCACUGCUUGUAUAAACUCUUGUUUUAAAGAGGUUAACCUGUUAAGUCUCUGGUAAACCACAAGUAGUAAACAAAUGCUCUCAGUGUCACCUGAAAUCUGAAAGUAUCACCUCUCAGUAUUUUGCUCAUUCGCCAAAGAAAUUGUUACAUCUUCAGAUUACAUUAUUAAUGUUAAUUUGAAUGUCUAGGUUGUAUUUUCCUUUUCUGAUUUGAAAAUGGUUACCAGUACUGCAGGAUAAAGCUACAUUUGAAUGAACACUUUACAAUUCCUGGUGUGUUAAAGAGUCUUUUCUACUUAGCACCGCAUGGUUUUAAAAAACACCGUUUAACGUUCUAGUAAAUACCUUUCUUUCCUCAUGUCGGUUAAACACCUGCUUCCUCUACUGAAAUCAGCCAGAAUUUUAUUUUCCAGCACUAAGAGGUGCAGGCUCAUAUUUGGAUAAAGUUAUUCAACAAGAGAUUCCAAACAGGAAGCCAGGUGGACUUUCCCCUUGCAUUCCAACUUUAUGUACCGCUCCUUGUAUUUCACAAUUAUGACAGAUUAUUUUGGAAUAUGAAGAAGCAACAUGCCUUAUUUGUAAGUUAUUUCAUGUUUGUCUUGCACCUGCAACUGAAGGAUUCUUUUCAGUGUAGGUGCUGUACACUUUGAAUGGUAAUGUAAAUUUUGAUGUUCUUGCAGUUAACCUUUGUGCACAGCUGUAGGACCUAUGCAAAUUUUUUCUUAAACACAACUGUUCGUAAACGAAUUUAUACUUAUUUGUUUAAGAUCCAAUUCUCUGGCAGUCACUUCUGAUUAGCCUUCCUUUCAUAAUUUUGUGAACUGAGCUCACAAACGAAACACUCAAUAAAUUUUAUUUGAAUUUA